AUCGAUCCAUCCAUCCAUCCAGCCAUCCAUCAAACAGAUAAACAAAGAGGGAGGUGCUCGAGCAUACCGGUACGGCACCGUACAUCAUUCUGCGCUCGAUCCACAUCCCAUUAACAAUUUAUUUUGAAGUGCCCGAACCGUUCCACUUUUGUGUCCUCGGACUUAUAUACUUGCAGCCAGAAGAAAUGGAUGCUCCAGCAAAUCUACAGCAACGCAAGGGGACCUCUCAGAACUCCCCAAUCCCAAAGCAACCAAAAGGUGUAAUGGAUGGGCACCUGGCUAGCUAGAUACUCUUGGCGUCAGUCAGCGUCCAUCACCUCAAACAUAUCUUCUUGGAGAGAGAAGUUGGAAUGGCAAAAAAGAAUGCCACAACAGGAAAAUUUCUUUCAAAAGACUCCAGCAUCUAUGAAAUUGAGGAUUUAGAAGGUCCUCCUGGGGUCAUCCGAACAAAGAGUGCCAAAACUGUUUGCCCAAUCGAUGGGAAAAUGGGUGCUGCCUAUGUACACACUCUACAAGGAGAGGACCAUGUUGGAGAGGCAGCUCAUAUGCUCAGCUAUUCCUGGGGUUAUUCGAUUGGAGAUAUUGUGGAUACUCUAACAGGCUUCUGCCUACAGAACAACCUCGAUCCAAAGAGAACCUAUAUCUGGAUGUGCUGUCUCUGUGUGAAUCAGCACAGGGUGGUGGACAACAAUGCCAACGACCAGUCUGGAAUGACAGCCCCUGCCAAGAUAGACUUCUUUUCCAUCUUUGGAGAACGAGUCAAAAAGAUUGGUCAUUUGCUGGCCAUGAUGGCUCCAUGGAAAGCACCCAUUUACAUCACUCGAGUCUGGUGUAUUUUUGAGAUCUUUACAGCUCACAGGACUGGUGGGUGCAAAGUGGAUAUUGUCAUGCCACCUAGGGAGAAGCAAUCCCUAGAGCAGGAUGUUCUUGAUAACGAAGGAGGCAUCAAUGCUCUCUAUGAGACACUUGGCAACACCAAAGUUGAAAAUGCCAAGGCAUCUGAAGAAAGUGACAGGCUGGCUAUUCUAACCAAGGUGAUGUAUCCCCACCUCAGUCACCUUGAUUCUGUGGUUUGUUUGCCGGCUGUGCUGUUUGUGUUUUAGUAUUCGUUGGUUGACGGGAGCCUUCUCAAAGCAAAAGGCGGUUAAAUAAAGCCUGCUAGCUAGACAACGCCCCUCACUAGCUAGCUAGCUAGCUAGCUAGCUAGCCAUGCUAACUUUAGACCACACGCGCUCCCGCAUGCACGCAGUCAGUUUCUAAGUUAACUCUGCACUCCCGGCACUUCAAAUCCAGGAGUCUGUUGAUGAAACAAACGAGAUUUUCUCCUGGAAAUCCACGCCGCCUCC